AUGGCCGUUCAACCAGUCGAUUCGGCGGGCGCGAAGAGGGCAAUGUAUCUGCUCAUGGGGAUCCCAGACCGGUUCAAUGAGUUCUGCCAUAUGGAUCAAAUCACAUUCGUUCAGCUGGCGGACUGGAUCCUGAACAACGUCGAGUCGCAACUGGCCGCCAACGUCAGCAUCGAAGAGAGCCUGUUCGUGUUCCUAGAUAUUGUUGCGCAGGGGAACAGCUUCAGCAGCGCGGCGUACGGUUGGGAUCACGAUGUCCAGCUCAUACAAGGCAUCUUCCUCAAUGUCCUCAAUGCUCUCACAGUCCUCCGCGAAAGCAGGGAGAUCUCGUCAGAAUGCCCGACCCUGAACGCAACCAAGAGCCGCUGGCGGAUCGCAAAGAUGUGGCGGCCGGGCCGAUCGAGAACGGACGGCCUCGUCAAGGUUGGCAACGAUGGCAUGUCCGGCGACGGGCUUGAAGUGGACCAAGAAGCGCUUAAGCAGGCUUUGCUGGCGGUCAACAACUUCAUGCACGAGCGUGAAGAGUACGAGGAUCUUGAAUGA